UCCCGCUCCGCUGCGUCACUCACAGCGCGCGCGGAGCAGCUCUGAUCAGGAAGAAGUGGUUACACGUGAAAUCACCGCAGCAACACGUGAAACUUCCUGACUGCUGUCCAUCUCUCCAGGGAAGACUGUCAGCGGAGUACAGGAGUUCAGGAGAGAAGUGUGUUGCUAAGUGCCAUUAUGCCAUGGCAUCUCUGGGCGCCUCCUUUGUGCAAAUCAGAUUCGAUGACAUCCUCUUCUACGAGAACUGCGGCGGCGGGAGUUUUGGGAGCGUGUAUCGCGCCCGCUGGCUCUCACAGGACAAAGAGGUGGCGGUGAAAAAGCUUCUGAAGAUUGAAAAAGAGGCAGAGAUUUUAAGUGUUCUCAGUCAUCGAAACAUCAUCCAGUUUUAUGGAGCGAUUCUGGAAGCGCCCAACUAUGGGAUUGUUACAGAGUACGCCAGCGGUGGAUCUCUGUUCGACUAUCUGUCCAGCGCUGAGAGUGAAGACAUCAGUAUGAAGCAGAUUAUGACCUGGGCAAUGGACAUCGCUAAAGGCAUGCAUUAUCUGCACGCAGAGGCCCCGUUUACAGUCAUUCACAGAGACCUCAAGUCCCGAAAUGUUGUGUUGACAGCAGACUCAGUACUCAAGAUCUGUGAUUUCGGGGCGUCUAAGUUUCAUUCUCACACCACCCACAUGUCUCUGGUGGGCACGUUUCCCUGGAUGGCCCCUGAAGUCAUCCAGAGCCUCCCAGCAUCUGAGACCUGCGACACAUACUCGUAUGGAGUGGUCCUGUGGGAGAUGCUGACUCGGGAAAUUCCCUUCAAAGGUCUGGAGGGGCUGCAGGUGGCCUGGCUGGUGGUGGAGAAGAGCGAGAGGCUGACAAUUCCCAGUAGCUGCCCGGACAGUUUCGCCUGUCUGAUGAGAAGCUGCUGGCUGACAGAUCCAAAAGACAGGCCGCUGUUCAAACACAUCCUGUCCACGCUGGAGUCCAUGUGGAGCGACAGUCACUUACCUGAGGAGUGCAACACCUUCCUGCAAAAUAAAGCAGAGUGGAGAUGUGAGAUCGAGGCGACUCUAGAGCGUCUGAAGCGGCUGGAGAGAGAUCUGAGCACCAAAGAACAAGAGCUGAAAGAAAGAGAGAGACGGUUAAAGAUGUGGGAGAGAAAGCUCAUCGAGCAGUCCAACACACCGCUUCUCCCAAACCUGGCCAUCCACUCCUGGACAGAAGAACAUGUGCAUUUCUGGAUGGAGCAGAUUUUUCAAGGUGAUGGAGAGCUGCAGCGGUACGCCGAAAUCUUCAGGCAGAAUCACAUCACAGGACAGAGACUGCUGCUGCUGUCCGAGACGGACAUGAGAGACCUGGGUGUGACGUCUAAAGGACACAUCAUACAUCUCAAGACCGAAAUUGAGAAACUUGCCCACGACUACCUGAACCUGUUCCACUUUCCGCCGUUGAUCAAGGAUGGUUUGGCCACGGAGGAAGCAGAGGAGGAGUGGAGGAAGACUGUGAAUCUGGAGUUGGUGUUUGGAUAUCACUGGAAAGCAGGCACAGGCCAAUCGGACUGCAAAUGGAAAAUGUACAUGGAGCUUGAUGGGGACGAGGUGGCAAUCGCAUAUAUCAAAGACGUGACCUUUAAUGCCAACAGACCAGAUGCAGAUGUAUUAAAGAUGACCAAGCCUCCGUUUGUGAUGGAUAAGUGGAUUGUGGGAAUUUCUGGCACACAAACUGUUGACUGCACAGUAAACUAUGAGGGUAACGUGAGAUCUCCUAAGUGCACGAGACACGAGCACAGAGUGCAGUGGAGUGCAGACAGCGGGAGGGACGUGAUCAGACCUGUAGAGCUGCUCAUUGAGACGGCGCCAAGCAUCAGGGAAGGCCACAACAGAAGCAGGUCCAACUCAGGUGUUGAUCCCAGGUGGAUUCACAGUCUGAGAAUGAAGCAGUGGAGAGAGCAAGCUGCCCAGGAGUGCACAGGCAAGAUGAACCUCCCUCAGUUCCUGUCCGUCAUCGGGAGCCAGUCAUCGUACGCCGCCGCUGUCAGGAGAUCGCCCAAUCGCAGCCCUCUCACUCCAUGGACAGACUCACGGAGUUCCUCUCCCACCCUUUCCGUCAAACUCUCCACCAUCCAUCUGGGCUCAAAGGGCAGCAGCCCGUCCAGCACGAUAUCUGAGAGCACCUUGGAGCGAGAGCGGCCCCCUAGUGCUGGAGCUAAACACAACUACCACAGAAAAGCAGACUACAACAACACCUUUAAAAUCAAUGGAGGGGGAAGAGGAGAAGGGGAAGCCAGACGGUUUAAUCAGAUGUCACAGAGAGGAUCCAGAGGCUUCCAACAUGCUGGACGGCCCCGAAACAACAGCUCCUAUAUAACACCAUCUAACCACCAACCACGCCCAAUCCCGGGGAUGUCUGUUGUCAGUGAAGGGUUGAAGCAGAAAGAGGCCGGGUCUGGUGAUGGGGACUGGAUUAAAGUAGAAAGAAAGAAAUCUAAUAAACAGGAACAUAAGCACCAGGAAGUGAGGCAGGGCAGAGGCCGGCCGCGCAGAGGAGGGAGAGGCGGUGGGCGUGGCCGAAGUUGAGUGAUUAUAAAGCGUUACACCGUGUCUUAGCUACAUGCGACGCGUCAAGAUUCCAGCAACAAGCAAUUAGGGUGUCCUCACCAGACGCAACGCAACAGAAUCAAUCAAACAUCACAG